UUAAGUAGUAGCAGAAGAUUGUUGCCCAACUCUGGUGAUUAUUUCGAAGAUGUUGCGUGAUGAUGACCCGUGUGACGGCUCGGUGAGGAGGUGUUGCCGUUAAAUGGGGAUAUUGUUGGUGUAAUUUAAGCGGCUAGUUUGUCAUCGUCUCCACGUGGACUUUCUGUCGGGACUAACUUUUGCUAGAGAGGCGAUUUGUCAAAGUGAAACUCGCCUUAUUUUAGAAAACUGAACGCUUUCCGUUCUGAUCCGUUUUCCAAUGGCUCACAGCAACGCCCCUUACGGCAGCACAGACACGUUUUGCUCGUCCAGACUUUGGUCGGACCUCGGACCGGCAGAGAGGUCUGCAGACAGGAGGAGAUUUGGGGAUUCGGUCGGGCACUCCAAAGGGUGUGGAACUGCCAACUUUGAGGUGAUAGACGGGGUGUUGUACCGCAAAAAGCUGGAGAAAGGUUUCGUAAACUACAGGGAGGUUUUGGAUGAAGAUCGGAGAUGUGACGCAAUCUCCACCUUCCACCGGAGGCGACCCGGCCAGCGCCACCUGUCCCUGGAGGAGACCUACAAAUGUGUGGCUGAGAACUACUGGUGGGAAGGGAUGUACUUCCAGAUCAGAGACUUUGUCCUGUGUUGUCAGGAAUGCCGGAACCAACAUAUCAAGAAAUCAAAUGAAUUGGGCGGCAGAACAUGUGUGUCAAAGACUGUGUCGUCACACAGUGCUGAUGUAUUGAGCAAAUUGAGAAGUCAGCGGGAGGCGGGGCUUUUCUGUGACAUUACCUUAAGGACCAGCGGGAAAUCGUACACGGCCCACAAAGCUGUCCUGGCAGCCGUCAGCGACCACUUCCAGGAAAUCUUUACAGAGACGGACUCCAGCAGCAAGCCAGACAUCGAUCUCACUGGUUUCAGAGAGGAGAGCCUUCUGUCUCUGCUAGAUUUCUCCUACUCUUCCACUCUGUCCGUUCAUCAGGAGGAUUUACCUGAAGUCAUCACCAUGGCCCGUCACCUUGGUAUGUGGCCGGCAGUGGAAGCCUGUUCUGCACUCAUGAAGGAGCAAGAACGGCAGUCACAGCUGUCUACCAGGAUGGAAAGUUCAAGUCGUGAUCUUCACCAUCAACAGAGGGAAGGCAAAAGAAAGAGGACGUUGGAGGAUAAAGCACACAACAGUUUCAGUCUAAUGCUAGAUACUUCUGAUCCACCGUUAAAACAAAGUCCAAGGCAUAGUUUGCGUAACACGCUGACACCCCAAGGCCAUAAUGGGCUUCCUGUGAGUCCCUCACACAGGAUGAAGCUCAUGGAUUUCAAAUCUCCCUCCUCCAAGAAAGCUACCAUCUCCCAAAAUUCUGUGGCAUCCCCACGCUCACAGAAUUACCCACCUUUAAUGCCAUCAAAUACCCGGCUUCUUCGCUCCACUCCUGGGGCUUCACAGGAAGUUCAGAGGUUGCUGCCCAUGCCGGAGACCCCUCGUCGAAAGAGAGACACUCACACCGUCACCCGGCUUUCACGCAGCGUUCGAUCAAGGCCUGGAGCUGUGUGUAGCCCUAACAGGGUGAAGCAAGAAGUCAAUCAGGUUGGAGAGGAUGAAGAGGAUUAUGCCCGAGCACAGGAGAAGUACAAGUUGAUGAAUGUCCUGGGGCUACAGCGGACUGCUCUGCUCCCCAGACCAGAAGACCUGAUUGGCUGGAGACAGAAGAAACGGCUGAGGAAGUUGAAAGCCAACAACUAUUCACUGACAAAGCGACGUAAACCACGCCUCGCUACACCAGGGGUAGCAUAUGGAGAUGUACCACUGGCGCUGCCUCUUUGCAGUCCCGUAACCACUCGCUUCCUCAGCAGGACUGUGAAAGCCAAAACCGCUGGUGCAGGCAGCACGGAGCAGAUUACGGCAAAAAGGCGAAGCAUCAUCCUGCGACACAUCCCGCCAAGCGACAGGAGCAUGAGAAGUAAGGGAGGGUUACCAGACAUACUCCAGCCUCCAUCCAGGCUGUCCUUCAGGGGGAAGGACAUGAGACGCUCGGUGAGGAAGGGUGAUAGUGCUCAAAUUCCUGCGCAGCAGCCUCUGCACCGUGGAAGCACCAAAACUCUGAGGAACAAAGUCACAAUCAAAGUAGAACCAGCUGAUUGCUCGAUCUCAGGUCGCCCUUUUCCAUCAAGCAGUCAACAUGGUCACACACCGCGUAAGCCUCUAUCCUCACUGACAUCACGGGCCAGAAACAAGGUUGGCGUGGAGAAUGUUAGAACACUGCGCUACAACCGCUGCCGGUCAGCAACAAAAAACAAACUCAGACGGUACGCUACAAGGGAGGUGGGGAAAAUGAAGUGUAAGACCAGUGUGGAGAGGAAGAAGUCAGGGAGCCAGGGGCCGAAGGCCACAGACGGUAGACUGAGAAUUAAGGAUCAGGAAUCUGGCGAGCUCCAAAUAUUAGACCACACACCUCCGCCGUCCCUCUACAGCCACCCUUUGUACAAAGCCAUUAAAGAAGAGCCUCUAGAACCUCUGCCAGUUGUCGGAUCUUUCUCCGAUCCUUCAUCUCCGGACUUGGGGAAGCGCCAGAGCAAACCCCCCAUCAAGUUACUGGACUCUGGCUUUCUGUUUAGCUUCUGUAGACCAACAGGGGGGCCCAUGGCAGGCCUGAAGAAAGAGGAGGAGAGUGUGGAUAUCUGCUUGACCCGCUCUGUAUCACAAAUGGGGCAGAACUUUGGAGCAGAAGAGUCCCAGCACAGAGCGCUGAGAACCAGAGCGCCAGCCACCCUGUCACCGGUGAAGAGGGAAGAGAAGAGUGCGAGUCAAAGCAAAGUUCAGAGGUCAAGGCCAGAGUCCCAAAAUGCCAAGCUUCGCCUAACCAAACCUAAAGUGUCAAGGGUCACACAGCUUACUCCAAAGCAGAGUAAACUCCUUUCUCCGAGCGGCAGAAGCUGUGUGAUGUUUGAUUCCGUUCAGCGGGCACGAAUAAAACAGCUUCGGGGUCCUCGCAGUCAAGCCCCCAAAGCCCCUAAAGUGGCUCACGCCUGUCUGCAGUGCCAAAGCUCUUUCAGGGACUGUGAUGCUCUCAUCAUGCAUCAACUCAGACACGUCGAGGGCAAGCACUGGCCUUGUCUACUUUGCAGUAAGACGUUCUUUCGACUGAGAAAUGUACGGAAUCACAUCCGUACCCACGACUCAAAGUUGUACAAAUGCCGGAGCUGCAUCAUCGCUGCUUCCUGAGGCGGGCGAACAGCAAAACCCGAGGAUGAAGCCUGCUGGUGUCUGACGCCAGGGAACCAGAUGGACUGAUAAGCAUGUGAUCGAUUAGCAGCUUGUACAUAGCAGUGAAUCCGUCGCACACAAGCACAACCGUCUGCAGGAAGGCAUAAAUAUUCUGUUUCUAAUCACUGCCAUGACCAAUGAUCACUAAUGUAAUUUAAAAUAACCAAAUCGGAGUUCCUGUUUGCAUUUCCGUAGCUGCAGGGGUGAAACUUGAACAUUACACUCAGGGGGUGGGGACUGUGAUGCCACGGAAUAAAAAUAAUUUCACAUUACGGUUGUGUAUAAAUUGAAGUGUAAAGUGAUUGUUAUAACAUUAUUACUACUUAUUAUUAUUUUUCUAUGUAUAGAAGAAUUUUUUGAGUGCACUUACAGCUUAUGUUAUAAACCUAAGAGGUGAUGAAAGUGAAGGUUGGACUACUUGAAGUGAUGGAAGCGCAGGAGGGAAUACUUGAAGAAGAGGCUGUUUGGGGCUAAACUCUUACCUGUUUCAGUGGCUCUUUCUCCUCCAGUGUUUUAUCCAGCGUGGUUUGUCUUUCUCUGUACCUUCAUUUUGUUCUGCUCGAGUCACACAGUGCGUUUCCAUUGGGGGGGGCAGUUUGACAGCAGCCGAUAUGGUGACAUCACCACGCAUGUGUUUGCAGGCCGUUAAAAAGGAAAAAAGGGGCAAAUGUAUUUUUUUUUUUUUUAAAUGUGAAUUUCUCAGUAGUUAAAACACCUCUUGUUAUUACAAAUAUUUUAUUAAUCUUUUCUCACACUUUAGUCCAAAAUGUUUCCCCUCCUACUGAAUAAAUGCAAAGUGUGCACAUAAAGAGAUGUUUAUGUUUCAGAAAGUGAUUUUAAAAGUUAUUGUCACUCAUCUGUAAAAAGAUUGAAUAAAUUUUUUUGUUCCUCAUCCUG